AUGGGAAGUGUUACUUUGACAGAAAGAGUGAGGAUAUUGUCGAAGAGGCCGGAGAAUAGAACUUGUGCUGACUGUGAACAACUUGGCCCUACGUAUGUAAACUGCACAAUUGGAUCAUUUGUGUGUACGACAUGUUCGGGCAUUCUUCGCGGACUUAACCCGCCUCAUCGGAUCAAAUCAGUCGGUCUUUCCAAGUUUACUCUCCAAGAAGUCGAAUUCAUGGAACAAUAUGGCAAUGAAAACGUAGAAGGGAAGUGGAUGGGUAAAUACGAUCAGCGAUGUGGGAAGAAAGUGUCCAAAGAUUCACCUUUAUACAGAACUUAUUUAGAAGAUAAAUAUGAGCGAAAAUGUUGGUUUGAUGACGCGUUCAAACGCACUCCAAAAACUGAAAAGGUUGAGGAGAAACAGAGGCCAAAGAAUGCUUCUCGGUCCAACUCUGGAACAUACAGUACAUACAGUCGCGAUGCGGACAGUGAAAUUCAAUUGAAUCGGAAUGAUUUGUAUUCGGCUUCUCUUGGAGGAGACUCUGGCUUCUCAAAUGAUGAUUUCUUCGCCGACUUCGAUUCUGUUAACUGGCAAACGAUCAAUGAUAAGGAGAGCAACAAGCCAUCAGCUAACUGUUCCAACAGUCUGGUCGAGCCAUUCCAGUCCAUGUCUUUUUCGAGUGGUGACGACUUUAGAGCGUCGAAAGCAGCACCAUCUUUACCAACACCAGUGAUCUUCUCCCAACAGUCUUUCUCAGCAAACACCAUGACUCCUCAUUCUACGCAGCCCGUUCAAAAUCAAAUGUAUUCUUCACCAGCGCAAAGAAAUCCAUUUCUUGAUCCCCAGACAACAUCUCUCACUACUCAAAACCAGACUUUAAGUAGUCAAGAAAUUCAACAUUUUCAUCCCCAAAACGUUUUCGCGUCCCCACAUGUCCAACAAACUUUAAUGUAUCAUAAUCAGAGCUCUUCGCCAGCUACAAGCAGUGCUGAUCGCUACUCUGCCCUAGCUGACCUCGACGCUUCCGUAAAAGCAGAGGCGAUGAACGCUCGCCGAGCAAAGCUCCAAAAGCAAGUGUCGGUUGGGCAGCAGAUCUUCGGCGCUGCUCCUAGCUCUGCGAACCCCUUUCUCAACCCGAAGAGGCAAUCGUCUGUCCAGUACUCGAUGCCUAACCAGCCUAUCGCCCCUUCAUGCAUGUUUUCUUCAAAUCCCUUUUCUUCAGGGGAUCCGACAAAUCCAUUUCUUUGA